AUGGUCGUCAAAACACAGUUGAAUCUGAAGCCUUUCAGCCUGGCCGACUUCGCAAUGGCCAAUCGCGAGGACGACAUCCUCAUCGUCCUGCUCGCCAACGCGGUAAAGGUAACUACCUCCGGCAGUCUCUGCGCGACGCUUCAACAGAGAACAAUGCCGGGCCCAGAUCUAAUCGAGCCACAGAGAGCCACUUACAUACGCAUAAUGCUACAACGGCCCCUCCUCGUGCUCGGCACCAUUCCCGCGCCAACGGUUCUCCCGCCCCUACCGCCAUCUCUAGGCACCAUACGCCCCGCUACCGUCGAGAGUGGGAAGAUUUCCACCGACGAGCGGUCGGAAACCCGUUAA